AUACCCUUUAUUUUGAAAAGCAGGCGCCAUUUAUCUGGUCCACUCUAAAAAAUAAGAAUUAUUUUUCCUCCUCAGAGGAAUUCUUAAUAUUUUACCGAAAAUAAUAUAAAGGAUAUUAGAAUGCCAAUCCAUCGAAGAUUGUGUGAGCCUAUGAAUUGUGUUCAUUUUCAUAUAUCGGAUCCGGUUCCUUCUGAGCUCUUGACCAAAGAAGAACUAAAUGUUUUUAUGACUCUAUUUCAUAAAAUCCAGUACGCUCUUGAGAAAGAAGAAAGAGAGGAAGGUGGUGAAGUUUUUAAGAAGCCAGUGAACCAAGCUAGUACCAAGCCAGUGAAGAGAAAGUACAGAAGCUCUACUCAUGAUGAUAGCAGCUGCGAAGACGAUAUUAACUAUGUAAAGCCAAAGAAAAAACUCUAUGAACGAGAUUUUAGACCUCGAAAGAAUUCAGAUGACAGGAGUUCAUCGGUUACGGCCAAUUUUUUUGAAAGUGGAAUGAUUUUGGAUAAUUAUUCAAGAGAGGAUAAUUGUAAAGACGAAGAGUCAUCUUCAACCGCCACCUUUUUUGAAAAUGGAAUGCUUUUAGAUGAAAACCAAAGGAAAUCUGUUGAAAAAGCUGACAGUAAAGAUUCAUCAGAUUUAUUUUAUUUCAUUGAGUUUUCGAAUUGGUCUUUGAUGGAACUUCCCGGUUCACCUGCGAUAUUAGUUGACGGCUAUAUAAACGGAAAUAAAGGAAUGUUGGAAAAAUCGUAUCCUGUUGUAAAAAGGCAUUCUAACAACUUUAUAGAAUGUUCAGAUGGAUCCUUCUUUCGGCUAAACGGUGAAAUGAACGCCGAAGAAGCAAUAAAAUCUGGUUUCUCGAAAGACUUAGUGGAUGCAUUCCUACAUGGCUUUCCACCAAAUUGGAAAAAGUUUAUUAAGGAUCAUUUUAGAAGGAAAAAGGCAAAGCAUAAGGAAUACCAACAAUCUUUGCCAUAUGAAGUAAAAAGGAGCCAGCGAAGACCAUCCUACUGUAGAAACGAUCUAACUUAACUAUUCUGAAACAUAUUAUCAUUCAACUUCAUACUACUUUUGUCUUUUUAUAAUCUGUACUAUCUUGUGUUUAAAUCUUCGUUCAACACAUGGAAAAGUGACGUGCAGAUAUUAUAACAGAAAAGUUAUUGAAAAAAUUGGCUUUAUGAAAUAUUAAUGUUCAUUCCGGCCUGAUGACUUGUUUUCACUAAAUGAUUUCAGACGUAGCUGAGUAAUUGACAAUGUUAAUUAAUAGUUAAAUUUAAACAAAGUAUCUAAAAAAAUUUUGUACAUUAUCCUUAAUUGAUUAAUAUGCAUGAGGCUAGCAAUCAGAUAUACGUAAGCCAAAAGACUCAUUUUCAAAGAGAAGAACGGAUUUGUGACUAGAUCGAAUUAUCAAUAAUUGAAAAGGAUAAGAGGAGAGAAAAGAACCUUUUGUAAUUGAUAUUUAUUGAUUUCUCUUACGAAUAGCAUAAACGUAUUUUUGUUUUUUAGUUAAGUGAAAUUGUAAAAAUUUUGCAUGAGGUUAGGUUUUGUUUUCAAAAAUGACAUAGAUGUUUUAAUGACUCUUCUGGAAAGCUGAUAUGUUCAAAAGAGAAAUAAACAAGUGGCAAAGUUAAAUAUAGGGAAUAUGAAAAUAUUUCCAUUAAGUAUCCGAAAAUUGUGUUUUUCAAUGUGGCAAAUAUGUAGGUCAUGUUGUGAAUGAAAAUUCCAUAAGCAGUAUAUAUCUAUUAAAUUGAAAGGAUAUAAAUAGAGAAACUUUCAAGUAGGUAGAGGCUUCGGUUAAUGUUUAUCUGAUCGUUAACUUAAAGUAUUAUGGUUGGUUGUAGUCGAGCAAUUCGAACAAAAAGAAAACAAUUUAAUUUAUCAAUCAU